AUAGGAAUAAGCAUAGGGACAUAGGGUUACGCUCCCGGAGUCCUACGGUCAGAGUCUAUAAAUACUCAUCUAUUGCAUCGCUCGUCACCGCCGCCUGCUUUGGUCUUCGACGUUUCUGAAGCUGCUUUUUUUAUUCUUUUUAAAAAAUGGCUGUUGCUUUUGCCAACCUCAAUGCGGCAUCUGGCCUCCAGAAACUUAAUGAUUACCUUCUCACCCGCAGUUAUAUAACUGGUUACCAAGCAUCCAAGGAUGAUAUUGCUGUCUAUGCCGCACUUAACACACCUCCAUCCUCUGAAUAUGUCAAUGCAGCCAGGUGGUAUAACCACAUUGAUGCUUUGCUUCGUUUGAGUGGCAUUGCUGAAGAAGGGAAGGGUGUCAAAAUUGAAUCAACUGCUACUCUGCUUGAAGAGAUUCCAGCCACCCCUGCUGUUGCUGACAAAGCCCCAGUAGAUGAGGAUGAUGAUGAUGAUGUGGAUUUGUUCGGGGAAGAGACUGAAGAGGAAAAGAAGGCAGCUGAAGAACGGGCAGCUGCUGUCAAAGCCUCUGCCAAGAAGAAAGAAUCUGGAAAGUCAUCAGUGCUACUUGAUGUGAAACCAUGGGAUGAUGAAACAGACAUGAAAAAGCUAGAAGAAGCUGUGAGAAGUGUCCAAAUGGAGGGUUUGCUCUGGGGAGCCUCAAAACUGGUAGCGGUUGGGUAUGGAAUCAAAAAGUUGCAGAUCAUGAUGACUAUUGUGGAUGACUUGGUUUCUGUUGAUGAACUUAUUGAGGAAUAUCUCUGCGCUGAACCUGCGAAUGAGUAUAUCCAGAGUUGUGAUAUUGUCGCAUUUAACAAAAUAUGAUUUGUUUAGGAACUGCCUCAUUGCGCUUGAGAUUUCUAGUUAUGUUAUUCUCUAAAAUCGUUCAGUGGUAUGUGAACCGGUUUCUUGCUAGCUAAGUUGCUGUUUUUCUUUACUCAUAUGAAGAGCUUAUCCUAUUGGACAUGACUCAAUGUCAAUUUUAGUUUUGAUGAUUUUUUCCCUUCUGUUAACCGUAUAUGCGAAGUAGUUAUUGUAUUGCGUUCUGACGGUAUAUGAUAACCUGCUGUUGUGUUUUGAUCUUCCGUA